AUGGACCCUCCAGCCCUCCCUGUGGCCAGGCUGGAUGUGGAUGUAGAUCUCGGGUUUGCCCUCUUCUUCUUCUUCCUCCUCUGCUUUUUCUUGUUGGUGACCAUCAUCCGCUGUGCUCAGAUGGUGCUGGACCCUUACAGCGCAAUCUCUGUAACGACAUACCAGGAGGAGCAAACGGAGGAGUGA